AUGGCAGACGUUUUACGUUUCCAAAACAAUCUCAACAGAGAAGAGAGGAGCCGCCAAGAUUUCGCCCAGGCCGCAAAUCCCGAACUCCGCGUCAUUUCCAAUGAGAUGCCAUUCUCUCGAGUGUUCCUCGGCGCCAAGACUGGCUCCCUGUACCACGAGCGGGGAGGAGGAAAGCUCCAGUUUCGGAAGGUCACGCAAUGA